UCCUGCACGUCCUCGGCGGUCCCUGCGUAGCCCUGAAAUAUCGAAGUGUCAUGGCUGGCUCUUGGAUCUUUGGUUUCUUCUUUCGGAGAAGGAUACCAGCUUCUUCGUCUAUAAGAAGUGCUUCACCCUAUUUCGAUUAUUCAUCUCUGCAGCUUUCCUGGAUUUUGACUCUACUAGCAACUUGGUUUGUACGUGGAUUGUCAGCCGGAGCCAUGUCACGCGGCAUUUACGAUACCACUGGAGUUCCAAAGCCGCCCCCAAGGCCGUAACCAAAGUAAGCAGGCCCGACAAUAACAGUGGAAAUCAUCAGGUGGCACAGCUUUUCAAGCUGCGGAGAGAGUUCGGUUAUUGCCGUCGCAGGGAUUGUCACAGGAUGUGGUCAGCUUAGCAAAUUCCGUUGCAAAACAUGAUUCCAUCC